AUGAGAUCCGAGAAAAUUGUUAACUUCAUCAUUGACCCAACAGCGUUAUUCCUACCUCCUCUAGCUGUAUUCCUUGAAAAAGGAUGGGGUAGUGAGUGUAUUUUGGAUUUGAUCCUCACCAUUAUCUUCUUUUUCCCUGGUAUGUUGUAUGCCCUGUACAUUGUAUUGAGUUCGUAG